UUGUUGUCUUGUUAACGGCGGCGCCUUGCAGACAGUUUUUCUUUCUUGGUUUAAAUAUUUAUGUGUUGUUGAUGAGGGUGUUGCGGAUCUGAUGGCGUGCGGAAUGGACAACGAUGCUUCUCUUCCUCGUCCGCUACCAGGAGAGACCGGUGAUGCUGAAUGUUUUGUCCCUUUAUGAUCGGGCGCUCGGUUCGUCUCUGGGCCCAGAACAGUUGCUGGCAUCGUUGUAACUACAGCAGCCUGUAGGAGACAGCCAAGAUGCCACCAUCAUCAGGAGAGCUAUGGGGCUACCCCAUUAUGCCCAACACCAUAGUGGUGGACUGUCUACUCCCGACAGGCAUCAUCAUCCCCCUGUCGUGUUCCAGAGAUGCAACGCUAGAGAGCAUCAAGGAGGACCUCUGGGAAAAUGCACAGAAGUACCCACUGUACAGACAUCUGGGUGAACCGUCAUCAUACAUAUUCGUGUCCAUCACCCGUGAUGGAGACAAGGAGGAGUUCUACGAUGAGUACCGUCGACUCUGUGACUUGCACCUCUUCCAGCCCAUCCUGAAAGUCGUGGAGCCCAAGGGUAACACCGAAGAGAAGAAGCUCAACUCAGAAAUCCGGUUGGCAGUCGGAGGCUGCGCUCACGAGUUCGACAACAUGAAAGACUCCGAGGUCAUCGACUUUCGGCGCAACAUCCUGAGCGUGUGCAAAGACGCAGUUGACACAAGGAACACAGGGAGCGAAGAGUGUCGAGCCUCGUACGUCUACCCACCUGAGAUUGAAAGCUCGGAAGAGCUGCCGGCCAACUUAGAACGGAAACUGGACAAAGGGUUGGUGAUGGUGUGCGUGUGGGGAUUGUCGGACAGUGGGGAGAAACAGAAGCACACGCUCGAGGUGCACAAGGACACGGUACCCGAGGCCGUGAUCCGUGAGGCCAUCCUCAAGAAGCUCAAGUGCUCACGGCUGUCGCGUGAGGAACAGGUUGCCCUGGCACAGGAGCACCAGCACAACUAUCUACUCAAGGUGUGUGGCGUCAACCAGUACCUGCUCAAGUCGUACCCGCUGUGCCGAUACAAGUACAUCCGAAUGUGCAUAGCCAAAGGAGAAAUACCUCAGUUAAUGCUGAUGCUGAAGGACGCUGUAUAUAAAGCCAUCCCACCUUCAAGCUACGUCACGCCAUCAUAUGUCCGACGCAACCCGUCUAUAUCAGCAACGCAACCUACCGUCUCCCUGUACAAAGUGGAUGAGUCAUUCCGAGUGAAGAUUCUUGGAGCCUCCUACGUUAACGUCAAGGAUGUUGACAAGAUCUACGUUCGUGUCGGCAUCUAUCACGGCACAGAGUCCCUGUGCCCCUUUCGGGACACCGAACACGUAUCCCACUCAAAUCCAAAGUGGGACGAACUGCUAGAAUUUCAGAUGUACAUUCCGGACAUUCCCCGCUCGGCGAGACUAUGCGUCUCCAUAUGUGCCGUUUCUCAGCGCAAGAAACGAGAGGAGCGCUGUGCCAUUGCGUGGGGCAACGUGAGCCUUUUCGACUACAAGAGCGUGCUGCUGAGCGGCCGGGUCAACCUGCACCUGUGGCCGGUGCCGAAGGGCAUGGACGAGCUGCUCAACCCAUUGGGCAGCACAGGCUCUAAUCCCAACCGCGAGGCCCCCUGCCUCGUCAUCGAGCUGGACCGCUUCUCGGGGCAGGUGGUCUUCCCCUCCAUGGAGCAGAUCGAGGAGUACGCCUCCUUUGUCUCCCCUCUCGAGUCCACUGGAGAGGAGAGUCCAGAGAAUUGGACCGACAACGACAAGGAUCAAAUCCACGAGAUCAUCAAACGGGACCCGCUCUCCGAGAUCUCGGAGCAGGAGAAGAUGCUUCUUUGGAGAAUGCGCUACUACUGCUACACUGUGCCGAAUUCGCUGCCUAAGCUGCUGGAUGCCAGCAAGUGGAACAGUCGGGAUCACGUGGCCCAGUUGUAUCGACUCCUGAAAAAGUGGAAGCGGGUGUCCCCCGAAACUGCGCUCGAACUGCUGGACUGCAAGUACGCGGACAUGUUUGUCCGCAAGUACGCUGUCGAGUGGCUGGAUGGCCUUUCGGACGAGCUGCUGUCCCAGUACCUUCUUCAACUUGUACAGGUUCUGAAGUAUGAGCCGUACCUUGAAAAUGACCUCGGCAAGUUUCUCAUCAGGCGUUCACUGCUUAACUACAACAUUGGCCACUUUUUCUUCUGGCAUUUGAAGUCUGAGAUGCACGACCCGUCAGUAGCAGUCCGGUUCGGCCUGCUACUGGAAGGUUUCUGUCGAGGCAUUGGCACCCACCUGAAGUCGGUGGUGCGCCAGGUCGGUGCGCUGGAGAAGCUCACGCAGCUCACCGACUCACUCAAGGAGAGGAAGGAUGACACACCAAAGGAAAGACUCAAGUUUCUCAUAGAGCAGUUUUCGAAGCCGGACUUUCUGGAAGCGUUGCAGCAUUUUCCGUCACCCCUUAACAACAGCUGCAUCCUGGGAGACUUGAUCGUCAACGAGUGCAGGAUACUCGACUCUGCCAAGAAGCCCCUGUGGUUGCUGUGGAAGAACCCCGACCACUUGGCGGAGCAGAUUCUGGACCACCAUGAGAUCAUCUUCAAGAAUGGCGACGACUUGCGGCAAGACAUGCUGACGCUGCAGGUCAUUCGCAUCAUGGACAGCAUCUGGCAGAAGGAGGGACUAGACCUGAGGAUGAUGCCAUACGCAUGCCUGUCAACGGGCAAGCACGUGGGCAUGAUAGAGGUGGUGCGCAAUGCCAAGACGGUCAUGAACAUCCAGAAAAAAGGGGGCCGCAUGGCCGCCUUCCAGGUGGACUCAACGCAGCUCCACAAGUGGAUCAGGGACAAGAAUAAGGGGGACCGGUACAAGCAGGCGAUCGAGACCUUCACACUGUCCUGUGCCGGUUACUGUGUGGCGACCUUCAUCCUUGGCAUUGGGGACAGAAAUCCAGACAACAUCAUGGUCAAUGAGGAAGGCCAGAUCUUCCACAUCGACUUUGGCCACUUCCUCGGCCACUUCAAGAAAAAGUUUGGCAUCAAUCGCGAGCGCGUGCCCUUUGUCCUGACGGAGGACUUCCUGCACGUCAUUGCAAGGGGCCAGGAGAACCCGCGGAAGAGCAAAGAGUUCCAGAGCUUUCAGGAGCUUUGCGGCAAAGCUUACCUCCUGCUUCAUCGGCAUGCCAACCUGCUCAUCACAUUGUUCACCAUGAUGUUGUCAACGGGAAUCCCCGAGUUGCAGUCCAUUGAUGACAUUGGCUACCUUCGCAAGACACUGCAGGUUGAGAAGCCGGAGGAGCAAGCCCUGGAGUACUUCCAGAACCAGUUCUUCGAGGCAUACGGCGGCGCCUGGACUACAAAAGUGGAUUGGUUCUUUCACAGUGUCAAGCACUUCUAGCUGCCGUGCGGAACAGACUUGCGCGUGUACGCGAGGUGUGAAGUGGUGUUGUGCAGGACGUCACUGUGCGACUGCGAGAAGAAGACUUGAAAACAGAAUACCGGUGUCAGUGUUGCUUAUGAAUCCUUCCUCCUCCUCUUCGUUCAGAGCUUGCCAUUAGUGUGCUCCAAUAAAACACCUCUCAAGAAGGCUC